GUGUAUGCGAGAGAGAGAGAGAGUCAAUUAUACGAAAGCCACACGUUGAAGCACACCGCAUUCAAUUUCUUUCUUUUCCUUUUUGGUUUCGUUACUGUGUAGACACGUUUCCAAAUAAACCACGUUUUAAUUUAAUUUCACGAAAAACAAUGCCUCUUGCUAAAGAUUUACUUCAUCCCAGUGCCGAUGAAGAACGUCGCCGUUGUAAACUUAAACGUUUGGUACAACAUCCAAAUAGCUAUUUUAUGGAUGUCAAAUGUCCAGGAUGUCUAAAGAUAACCACAUUGUUUAGCCAUGCACAAACGGUUAUUCCAUGUAAAGGAUGUUCAACAAUACUUUGUACACCGACCGGUGGUAAAGCACGACUAAGGGAUGGUUGUAGUUUUCGAAAAAAACAACAUUAAACUAACAUAUAUAUAUGUUUUUUUUGUAAUGUUUGUGAAAAAAAAAAAUUUUUUUUGAAAAAGAAACCUAAGAGAACAUCAAUCCCCACAACAAGAUGCAUGAAUGUAUAUGAUGGCCGUGAUUGUAA